AGGAGUCACUGUCAAACGGAAACAGAUUGGGAUUGGCUGGGCAGCUGCAAAGGGACGUUAUUCGUUGACGUCAUCAGAGGCGGCCGGCGCGCGAGUUUUGGGGGCCACGUGGGAAGCCAAAGGGGAUCGGUGUGCUCAAGAAGGGAGGGAUGUCAUUCCGAGGAAGAGGAGGGGGCAAUCGUGGUGGCGGAUUCAAUCGUGGAGGUGGAUUCAACCGAGGUGGAGGCGGUUUCAAUAGAGGCGGAUUCAGUCGUGGUGGUGGAAGAGGUGGCUUUGGACGUGGAGGAGGACGAGGAGGCUUCAACAGGGGUGGAUAUGAUCAGGGACCCCCCGAAAGUGUAGUCAUUCUGGGAGAAUUUAUGCACCCUUGUGAAGAUGAUAUAGUUUGCAAAUGUAUCACUCAAGAAAGCAAAGUGCCUUAUUUCAAUGCACCAGUCUAUUUAGAAAAUAAAGAGCAGAUUGGGAAAGUGGAUGAAAUAUUCGGACAGAUCAGAGACUUUUAUUUUUCCGUCAAACUGUCAGACAAUAUGAAAGCGUCUUCCUUCAAAAAACUACAAAAGUUUUACAUCGAUCCAAUGAAAUUGCUCCCUCUGCAGAGAUUUUUGCCACGGCCUCCUGGAGAGAAAGGACCUCCUCGAGGCGGGAGAGGAGGCCGCGGAGGAAGAGGAGGAGGCCGAGGAGGAGGUGGUAGAGGCGGAGGUGGAUUUAGGGGUGGCAGAGGCGGUGGAGGGUUCAGAGGAGGACGAGGUGGUGGAGGUGGUGGCCGAGGAUUCAGAGGCAGAGGACGUUAAAAUAAAACUACAUUAUGGCUGCAUCUUCAAAAUACAAUGAGAGGAUUUCUUACGAACUUGAAUGGACAAUUUGAAGCAUACAGUAAUUUGAACUAUUGCAACUAUACUUCAUGGAUUUCUAUUAAGAUGGAACAGAUUAAGAAGUGCAGCUGCUUAUUUUGAAACUACUUGGAUCUUACCUUGGGCAGCUGGAUUUAGAUGCAAUGAUAUUUUACAACUUUUUUAUCAAUUUAUUUUUAUAUCAAAAAUCUCUUCUUGGUUUUGGGAAAUCAGUUAACUUAUAAAAACAGUUUAAACAUUUACGUCAUAAAAUACAAAUGUUUCAGAUUAAUUUUUUUUGGUCUUUGUGUUUUAGUUAUUGUCAGUUUUGAUGUGCACCAUGAAAACAUGUAUAUCCAAAUAACCUGAAUAUGAUUUCAGGACUGCUAAUUUGAAAUAAAUUAUAAUUUAAACCCUACAA